AUGGAGCGUACAACAAGGAAAGGCAAAGAAAAAAUCUGGGAGGACCUAAAGCCUCCCGGAGUGAACCGGCCGGUGGCAGGGGCACACCCGUGCCGGGAGCAGCCAAGGAGGCACCUUGCCCUCCUGUGCGGCAGCCGCGGCCUUGGAAAUAAGAAAUAUUUCAAACGCAGUGAGCUAGCUAAAAAAGAAGAGGAGGCCUACUUUCAGAGAUGUGGCUACAAGCCUGUAAAUGAGAAGCCACCUGGAGAGGUGCAGCAGCAAGAAGAGGAGGAGAAACCACUGACUUCAUCAAAUCCAGUGCUGGAACUUGAACUGGCAGAAGAAAAGUUACCAAUGACCCUUUCCAGACAGGAGGUUAUCAGGAGGUUACGAGAGAGAGGUGAGCCGAUCAGACUGUUUGGAGAAACAGAUUAUGAUGCAUUUCAGCGUCUGAGGAAGAUAGAAAUUCUUGCACCUGAAGUGAACAAGGGCCUGAGAAAUGACCUGAAGGCUGCUUUGGAUAAGAUUGACCAGCAGUAUCUGAAUGAAAUUGUAGGCGGCCAAGAAGCAGGAGACGAUGACUCACAGAAUGACUUGAAAGUCCAUGAGGAGAAUACCACUAUUGAAGAACUAGAAGCUUUGGGAGAAUCCUUAGGACGGGGUGAUGAUCACUAUGAUAUGGACAUCAUAACGAAGUUCUUGAAGUUUCUUCUUGGAGUUUGGGCUAAGGAGCUGAAUGCCAGAGAAGACUACGUGAAACGGGGCGUACAGGGGAAGCUGAACAGUGCCACUCAAAAGCAGACAGAAUCGUACCUGAGGCCACUCUUCAGAAAACUUCGGAAAAGGACACUUCCUGCAGACAUCAAAGAAUCAAUAACAGAUAUUAUUAAAUUCAUGUUGCAAAGAGAAUAUGUGAAGGCAAAUGAUGCUUAUCUUCAGAUGGCUAUUGGAAAUGCUCCCUGGCCUAUUGGUGUCACUAUGGUUGGCAUCCACGCUCGAACAGGUCGUGAAAAGAUUUUCUCCAAGCACGUAGCCCACGUUCUCAAUGAUGAAACUCAAAGGAAGUAUAUUCAGGGGCUGAAGAGGCUCAUGACCAUUUGCCAGAAGCACUUCCCAACAGACCCAUCGAAAUGUGUGGAGUACAAUGCUUUAUGAGGCUCUGCAGUGUCCAAGGCGCGACUCACAUUUUCGUCUCCAAGACCCAGAGAGGAUUGAAGAGACAGACUUUGUGCUUUAACACCAACAAGAACCUAGGGUGGGCUUUGCGAAAAAGCAUAAAGCCGCAGAUUUCUCUACAGCUUCCUUUUUACGAGCCCCAUUUAUUUAGAUUUCUUUUUAAAUCUAUGCUUUACGCUGAACACAUCCAAUAUACAGAAGGGGGGGGGUUGAAGGGGGUAUGACCAGGACAAUGACCAGGGGACAAUGAACAAGACCCUUGCUUUUAUUUCAAUUUGUUAUUCAGGGAACCAUACAGACUGAACUGUUUCCCGUAUCAUAGAGCUUUAGGUGAGACCCAGCCCUGCAAGGAGCGUACGUGGAGUUUUUUGGCUGCUUUCCCAUUGGAGACUGAUGUGGGGAGAUGAUUUGAGUGAAGCAGUCAAAUCUGAAUCUUGGUUAUUUCUGUAAAUAUGGAGACUUUUAAUGGCUAAUCUUUCAUGUGGUAUUUAUCAGGAGGGGAAAAAAAAAAGAGUUUAUAUAUUUCUCAGCUGAAAAAUACAGCCAGUCUUGGUGCAAAGAGUUUUUGAUCU